AUGUAUAGUGACAAGCUGUACAGUACGUCUUGGACUCAUCAUGAAGUCUAUGCUGGUCCUAAUGGACGUAAAAAAGUUCGUCAAUGUCUUAUCUGUUUAAUGGAACGUGAUGAUCUUGAAGAACGUUUAAACGAAAUUCAUUGUCCUGUUUUAAUUCUUCAUGGUACAAAUGAUAAUAUUUAUACAAUUUCAUUAGCAAAGAAAAUGCAACAAGAUAUUAAGAAUUCUCAUCUUGAAAUCAUCGAAGGUGGUUAUCAUUUUCUUUCAGUAUUCAAUCGAAAAGAAGUUAAUCAACUUAUCAAUGAUUUUAUCAUUAAUCAUAACAAAAAUUCAAAAUAG